GAGACGUCGCUGAGCCCGGCGGACUACAUUUCCCAGAAGCCCCAGCGCGGGUUCUGCUUUGUUUUCCUGCUCUGGGGCGGGUUUCAGGGGGUCGCUGGACCACUACAGCCUGAGGCUGCCAGGGAGGCUGUGGGUUUCCCGGGCCGGGCUGAACGGGGAAAUGGUUCCCGCCCGGCCACUCGCGGGUUGAACAGGGGCCGCCCCGGCAGGGUGGCGGCCGGCUGCGGCGCGGUGCACCGGCGCGGAGGGGUGCGUCGUCGUCCUGUCCUGCUGCUGAAUGUCCGUCCCGGAGGAUGAGGAGAGGCUUUUGCCGCUCGCCCAGAGAUGGCCCCGAGCGAGCAAGUUCCUACUGUCCGGCUGCGCGGCCACCGUGGCCGAGCUAGCUACCUUUCCCCUCGAUCUCACAAAAACUCGACUCCAAAUGCAAGGAGAAGCUGCUCUUGCUCGUUUGGGAGACAGUGCAAGAGAAUCUGUCCCCUAUAGGGGCAUGGUACGCACAGCCCUAGGGAUCAUUCAAGAGGAAGGCUUUCUAAAGCUUUGGCAAGGAGUGACACCCGCCAUUUACAGACACGUAGUGUACUCUGGAGGUCGAAUGGUCACUUAUGAACAUCUCCGAGAGGUUGUGUUUGGCAAAAGUGAAGAUAAGCAUUAUCCUCUUUGGAAAUCAGUCAUUGGAGGGAUGAUGGCUGGUGUUAUUGGCCAAUUUUUAGCCAACCCAACUGACCUAGUGAAGGUUCAGAUGCAAAUGGAAGGAAAAAGGAAACUUGAAGGAAAACCACUGCGAUUUCGUGGCGUGCAUCAUGCAUUUGCAAAAAUCUUGGCUGAAGGAGGAAUACGUGGGCUUUGGGCAGGCUGGGUGCCCAAUAUACAAAGAGCAGCUCUAGUGAAUAUGGGAGAUUUAACCACGUAUGAUACAGUGAAACACUACUUGGUAUUGAAUACACCACUUGAGGACAAUAUCAUGACUCAUGGUUUAUCAAGUUUAUGUUCCGGACUAGUAGCUUCUAUCCUGGGAACGCCAGCCGAUGUCAUCAAAAGCCGAAUAAUGAAUCAACCACGAGAUAAACAAGGAAGGGGGCUUUUGUAUAAAUCCUCAACAGACUGCUUGAUUCAGGCUGUUCAAGGUGAAGGAUUCAUGAGUCUAUAUAAAGGAUUUUUACCGUCGUGGCUGAGAAUGGUAAAGUUAGAUUUUUUACUUCCUUUUUUUUUUCCUUUCUUUGUACUUAAAUUAUUUUUAAUCUGUAAGUAUUUUCCCUUUUCUCUUCUGAUUUACAGCAUGGCCCCCAAAUCAAGGUCCUUUCUCUCUUUUAAAAAUUUUUUUUUUGUUUUCUUUAAUCUCUUCUGAAAGUCAUGUUGCCUUCCUUAAUAGAUUAAGGUAAAAUAAAUAAGUUACAUUCAUUAAUGAAUAGGUGGAUAUGUUUUCUGUGGUAUAAAACCUUUGAUAAUCUAUUUAGUUAUAUUUUAAUAUAGUAGUCUGGGAAAGGUAUACAAAUUUUACAGUAGAGACCUUUCCUAUGAAAAUUUUACUCUUUCAAACAAAAUUUGUUACUUUGAUGGCAAAUGUUAUAUUACUCUUUAAUACUUAUUACCACAAAAUUCUGCUUAGUUAGAAACUAUUAUGUCAUUUUUAUUUGGUUUAGGUGUUAUUUUUUUUAUUGACGUGAACUAAGAUAUAGAAUUAGAUGGGUUUAAGUAAUAUAGCAAAUAAAGACAAAGACUCGUGUCUUUUCUAAGUUAGAAAACAUUUGAAAGAAUGUUGAGUUAUGGGUUUAGAAAUUCAAACAAUCAAAAAUUAACAUAAUAUAUUAUAUAUUAUGUUAUAUAUAAUGCCAUAUUUUUAUAUAUACAUAUUUAAUUGAGUACCUAUGCCAUGCAAAGCCCUAUACUCAGGGCUUAGCUUUGAAUAAGAAGCUGUAAGUGAUGAGUGUCAUGGGAAGAGUACAUGGUGCUAUAAAAAUAUACAGCAGAUAAGUACAGCCUAGGCUGGGGGACACAAAAACUUUGCCGGAGAAUGGAUUUUAAAUUGAGAUUUGAAGAAUAAGUAGAACUUAGCCAGGUAAAAAGAACAGAAAGAAACGUUCUCUUUAAAGGGAAAGUUGGAGUGGACAGAAAGCACGAUGAGUUCAGGGAACCGAAGGAAACCCAGCAGGACAAGGCACAGAGACCUGGUGGGGAGAGACAGACAUCAGUGUGGGAAGUCCAUGGGAGCCAGAAGAGUAGUGGCACCAGCCUACAUCAUCAGCAUUUUUAGAGAAAUCAUUCUGGCUGCCAUGUGUAUUGGGAAAAGGCCAGGAAUAGUGAUAACUGAGAGAUAAUGGUGGCUUGAAUGAGAGUAUGAUGUGGGGACAGAUGCUAAAAAAAAUUGGGGUGGUAGAAAGGAAAUGGAAAUAUGACUGAUCUGAUAGGGACGGGGGAAUGUCCCUAUCAGAUAAGGAAAAGUCAGGCUUCAUUCCCAGAUUCCUACUGUGAGCAACUGAUAAUGAUAUAAUUUGCUAAAUAGGGAUCAUUGCAGGGAAGAAGAUUUGGGGGUAAAAUAAGUGGAUAUGUGAUAUUUUGGAUACCUAUAAGGCAUCUGAGCAGAGGUGUCCAGAUGACUAACUUAAUACAUUGGUCUGGAUCUUAGGAGAGAAUACAGGAAUGGAGAUUUAGAUUUGAGCACUGCCUGCAUAUAGAUGGUAAUUGAAGCUUUGGUAAUAAAUAUCAGUAAGGGAUAGUGGGUAUUUAUUUAUUAACAUGAAAUUAAUGGCCAAAGCCCUUGGCAAUAUCUGAUACAAAAGUGUACCAGAGUUAAAAAUUUUUUUUGAUGGUCUUGAUUAUACCUUAAAAUUAUGUCAAAACAAUGGCUAUUUCUUACUGCAAAGGUAGAUUUUGAUUUGGCUUGCAUGAACCAAGCACUAUUAUAGGUGCUGGUAACACUAAGGAAUGAGAGCUUUUGCACUAGAGGGGCUUACAGUGAGAUGUAGAAGUUAAACAUGUAGAUAUUUAAAAUUACAGAAAUAAUAAAUAGUAUUAAAUCACUUGGUAUAUAGCCAAAACUACUAAUCACUUUUAUGGAUUAACUCAUUGAAUUCUCCCAAUAAUCUAUGUAGAAAGUUACUAUCCUAUCCCUCUUUUAUAGAGGAGGAAACAAAAGCAUCAAGAGUCUAAAUAACUUGACCAGGAUAGGGUGGUUAUUAUAAUAACUAGUGGUUCAGGGUAUCAAAUUCAGGCAGCCUGAUGCCAGAGAACCUAGCCUCACUAAGGGGGUUGUAUUAGUGCUCUGCCAGUGAUGUGAGCAGUACUCUCUGGGAAACAGAUAGUAGAGUAAAAAUGGCUGUAACUGUGUUUGGGAAGUCACAAAAGGCUUCACAGUACCGAUAUUUGAUUGGUAGGCAUAUGUCAAGAGAAAUAUGAGGGAGCAACAUGAGCAUAGGCAUCAUGUCAUUGUAGGCCUGUUAUGUUUGAAGAACUGCAGAAAAUUCAGUGUGUCUGGAGAAUAAGUCCUCAGAGAGGAGGUGGAAGGAGACAAGGCUAGAGGAGUACUUAAGGACCAGGUUGGGCAGGACCUUUUUGACCCAGCUGAGUAUUAAUAGUUCAGGUGUAACCCUGUAGUCAACAAGCACCUGUAAUCACCUGUAAUAAGUGUCCUCAUCCUAUAGUCAGCAAGUACCUGCUUAAGCACGAGAGCAAUGUGCUAAGAUUUGUUUGUCAGUGAGAUUACUUUGGAAGCAGUAUAGAACAUACAUCGAAAGCUAGAUUAUAAGAAAGUAAGUUUUAGCAGUGGUCUAGCCGUUAGAUGAUUGUAGAAAUGGAGAGAAGAGAGAUUUUAGGGAGAUUUAUAGUUAACUCCACAGGUUAGUAACUUAUUAUAUGUGGAAGGCAAGGGAAAGCAAAAAUAAAAUAACACUUUUAUGUUUCUAGUGUGGGAGGGUAGGAGAAUGGGUGAGACUAUCGCUGAGAUACAAAAUCAGGGUUGAGAGGAUGAAAGGCAUGGAUAUCCAAGUACAAAGGAUGAGACUACUUAAUCUGACCCAUUCUCUUUAUACAUGAGACGCAGGAAGUAUAAUAUAAAUGACAAAAAAGAGUGCAUAACACAUGCAAGCUCUACAUACAUUAACUAUUUUAAAAAUUUUAUAAGGACCUGGUAGAACAGGUAGUGUUAUCCUCGUUUUUCAGAUGAGGAAACCAUGGCUCAAAGGGUAAGGAACUUGCUCAAGUUCACGUAGCUGUUAUGUUGCAGAGCUGGGAAUGGACUGCAGGCCUAUUCCACUCAAAACCCCAUGCUCCUCCGUAAUACAGACUACUGAGUUGCUCAGGAUCCUGCAGCUAGUCACAGAAGGUUUAAAAGAGACAGUUUGUAGUUAAGAGGUGUAUUACCAGAGAAAGGCUGGCUGACCACCAAACGUGUUGUUUCCUUGUUGAUUUGCCAUAGUAUGUGAGGCUGAGUUCAGAAAUCUGACUCAUCAGCACUUCCAAGUAAAUCGGCCUUGGAAAUACAGAACUCGCCUCAGCUGACUCCAUUGAAACUGAUGGUCAGGCCAGACGAUCUGGCUUAUUCGCAUCUUACAACACAUUUGGCGAGUGAUCCAGAUGCUCAAGUCCUCAGGCCAACAGUGUGUUUCCUCCUAAAUUCAAGUUAUUUGGGAACCCAAGUAAUAAUCAAA